GAAAUGGAGGUCAAACUUCUACGUCAACAACCUCCCCUGGUCAACAUGAUACAACAAGUGGUAGUGGCCACACUUCUUCGAGAACAGCUUUCUUGGUAAGCGUGUGGCAGCUUGUCUUUUCGAUGCUACGCGCAGUCAAGUGUCCCCUUGACAUUGGACUUUCGUCUGGUGGCACAACGUCUCCUACAACAACUUCGCAAGAACUGAAGAACAAGGUGGUCAUCCCACUGAUGGAGAAGGUGGAAGAGUCUUCUGGAGACGAGGAGGGAGAAGAAGGAGAACAAACAUCCUCGACGAAGAUGUCCUGCGGUGCAUGUUCACCAAGUUUGGCGAUAGAUAGUUCCUUCACCCUAGCCGAUGCAAAGUCCUUUACCCGUGUCGCCGUCCGUUUAUCUGACGCUGCGCUCUCGACCCUUGUCGACAGCUUUCUCCACGAAUUUUUAAAGGAAUUCCAAACUUUCACAGAACAAGUGACCACACCAGAACAACGCGCGAUGUUUGUGGAAACUGCACUGCCUGUGCGAGCGGGGUCGUCGUCGUCACAGAACAAGAAGAAUCAACAUAAUAAAGCUGUAGAAGAGAAUCAAGACUGCUUACAAGAUUUCGAUGAGAUUGCGCCAACAGUAAUCACCGACUUGCUAGCGAAGGACAAUCUCGUGUCUCAGGCUGAAACUUUUCUCUACCUGGGUAUUCCAGAAGACGCAGGAUCAGAUAAUAUCUCAUUGUUAAAAGCUGUGAUUUCCUCCACGAUUGUAAGCGAAAACCCAAAAAGACAACGUCAUAAAACUCCGACUAGUACUAUAACUACGACCGCCCCUGCUGCUUCUGGUAAGAGUGAAGGGAAAACAACUGCACCAAGAAUGCGCCCUCUUUCUCUCAAAGCAGUAGCAGAAGUAGUGCGUUGCAGUCGCUUGCCGAUUGUCGAGGACAUCGUGGUAAGGCUGUCAGAACGCCUUCGAGCCGCAGAAUUUCUCAAGUCUGAGAAAGGCAACCUCGUCUUCCAGCAUUUCCGCUUACGGCAACUGCUGGAAAUGUACCUAACGGACUUGCUGUCGAAUAGUUUCUUCGUUCGGUAUUUGAAGACACACAGAAGUCGAUGCUGUGCAGCUUCUGGGAUGAAUGGCUAUCAGGCUUGGAAAACUCUAGACGCUUUUUACGUAAAGCAUUUGGUGAAUACGGUGUUUUUACCGAGGCAAAUACAGCGUGCACGCGAGUUGCAUGCGAAAGCUGUAAAAGCAGGAGACGAAGGCAUGGCCGCUUUGGAAAUCAAAUUCUCGCUUCGCAAGACAGCACGCGUAAUCGAGCUUGGGAUCACACGAGACGAAUCUUCUUCGCAGAUCAGUUUUCAAUUAGUCGAAAACUUUCCUUUAGGGGCCUUGGCGGAAGCUAGUCCUAGCUUAGGCUUAGGAGGAGGAGCAGGAGGCUCCUCGUUUGGUCAACAAGGUUCAGGAUUCUCAAACUCCACCAGCAACACCAACAUGAUGCUCCAUUAUAGUCCCCGCACAGGCGCUGGCGCACAGCAAUCUGGUUCUAGUACUGCUUCUCCAGUGCAAUUGGUAAAAAUGGAAGCAAAUUGGAGUUUACUCGAUGGUGCUGGAGGAACUGCUUCUGCUAUUGGGGUGUUAGGAAUUCCAGCAGCGAAAUGCAGAAAAUGGGAGAUAGCCGCUCGUGCUGAUGCGGACUCGACUUGCCUUUUCCCGGAAUUGGUUUUAUGAGUUCAAUUUGAUGUCUUUUCCUUGAAGUAGAAGUUUCUCACCCUCUCGAUAAAUAAAGAACAACAAGAGAUGAUUCGAUUUCAAUUACUUAUAUCAUUGUUUUUUUCAGCAGGUGCCGGUGGAACUCGUUGUGCAGGAUCCAUAACCUUAACCUAACCUAACCAGUUCAAGAGCCAGGGCCGUUCUUCUGAUCAUUUCAAUAAAAAUUCUUUCUUCCUCUAAUAAGCAUGAACAGUUGGUUGGCGAAUAUCUCAUCUCACUUCGAUGGCGUGGAGGAUUGCAUGAUAUGUUACUCCGUAAUCGACACCAAGACUGGAGAAUUACCGAGAAAAGCCUGUCCAACGUGUAAAAAUGUCUUCCAUGCACGCUGUCUGCAGAAGUGGUUCAUGAGCAGCGCGAAGACGAAAUGCCCCUUGUGUAAGCAGGAUUGGGUGAAAUGAGCUCGGAAGCUCCCUUGGGAGGGGAAGGAGGAAAUAGAGUGGGAAAAGAAGACAUCUCGCCGAUGUGAGAAUUUUUCUCUUCAAAUAAUCUCACGCCAACCACCUGAAGAUGCUAAUCUUCUUCAAAUUUUAUCGCCAGGAUGCGAUUGUGUUUGUGAUCUAAUGACAUCAAGAGUAACAACUGGCAUUCUCGAUGCCAUGAUACUUGGCAAAACUACUUUGGCGACUCGAAGACUUUUUCAAAAUGUUCAUGUCGAUGUCGCUUGACGUCAACAGAAUAUACUUACACCGAGUUGUUGGACCUUUAUUGACGAGAACUUUAUGGUUGCUGGCCAACAUUGGACUUUGUUCAAAGGCAUAAGCCUGAAACUCCUAC